CUGCCCCCUGAAAAUGGCGGCGCCCUGGUGGGAGGGGUUCCGUACAGAGGCCUCGUUUUGGCCCCGCCUACCGCCGCUGCCGAGGAAGAGAGACUCCUCACAGGCGCAAGAUGGCGGCUCCCAGGGCGGCGUGAAGGCGCCUGGAGCCCGCAGCUUGCCCAUCGGUGCCGUACAACGGGGGUGGAUCGAGCGGCUUGGUGUGCUUGGAAGCCGGUGGGACGGAGCCCUGGCUUAGGAUUCCGGGUUGGGGAGCCAGCAGGAUCAGAGAGGAGGACGCGCCGGGUGGGGGGGACGAGGGGGAGGCGGCUUCUCCCUCCCUGCGGCCGCCAUUUUCCGGCCGGGCAACACAAGAUGGCGGCUCCCAGGGCCGGGCUCUGAGCGGGGGCCGGAGGGGGGCGGCAGAGGGGCUACUAGGAAGGAGGAGUAACUGCCCCACGCGGGGUAGUUCCCUCGUAGGGGGAAUCUGUAUAGUUUUCUAAAAGAGGAGAGGCAAUUAGGGGUUUGAUUUUGUAACAACCCCUCCUUUUCGUGUUGCAGGGGGAGAGUUUUUGCCCCAUAAAGGGGUGUUUGUACUGAGAGAAGGGUAACCCAAACUCACUCACGGAGCGGCGGGUUAGCAGCUCCUCAGGAAAGGGACACUUGUGUUCGCCUGACUGCCACUGUCCCACGUCCAAAAAAAUAUUAGGCAGGUAUUUGCCUCGCCAAGAAUUGCUUUUGGAGAUACAUGUUUUUCAGUCUCUCCUUGCAUCUACUCCGAGUUAGUUUGUCUUGUUGCAGCAAGGUGAUCUGACCCAAUUCCCAUAGUGAGGGGCGUCCUAAUAGUCAAAAGAAGAGUUGGCGGGGUGUUGUGUUCCAUUUUAGGGGGGAACCAGUUCCUCUGAGAAAAGUGUUGUUGUCCUUGCGCAUGUUUUUACCUUGAAAGAGGUAACGUGCAUGUAGUGUUUUUUUUUUGAGGGGGGCCGCCCGCGUCUUUUUGUGAUACCCUCAGAUUAAAAAAAGAUUGACAAGGUUGCCCAUUGACUGACUGUUAGACAAGAGACUUAUUUGAGAGUUGGGAGGUGGUUUCUAUGGCUGCCGCCUCUCCUAUUGUCCCUAGUGGGGGCUCCCCAACAGGUGGUGGGGCCACCCCAGGGUUGCUGCAGCCUCGCUGGAAGCGGGUAGUUGGGUGGUCGGGCCCUGUGCCUCGGCCCCGGCAUGGGCACAGAGCGGUGGCCAUCAAAGAGCUGAUUGUGGUCUUCGGAGGGGGCAACGAGGGCAUCGUGGAUGAAUUGCAUGUCUAUAAUACAGCUACAAACCAGUGGUUCAUCCCAGCAGUGCGGGGAGACAUUCCACCUGGCUGUGCAGCCUAUGGCUUUGUUUGUGAUGGGACUCGUUUGCUGGUGUUUGGUGGGAUGGUGGAGUAUGGCAAGUACAGCAAUGACCUCUAUGAACUGCAGGCCAGCCGUUGGGAGUGGAAGAGAUUGAAGGCUAAGACUCCCAAGAAUGGUCCUCCACCCUGCCCACGCCUUGGCCAUAGUUUCUCAUUGGUGGGCAACAAAUGUUACCUGUUUGGGGGGCUGGCCAAUGACAGUGAAGACCCCAAAAAUAACAUUCCCAGGUACCUGAAUGACCUCUACAUCUUGGAGCUGCGUCCAGGCUCGGGAGUGGUGGCUUGGGACAUCCCAAUCACUUACGGUGUUCUGCCCCCACCGCGGGAGUCCCACACUGCUGUGGUAUACACCGAAAAGGACAACAAAAAGUCCAAGCUGGUCAUCUACGGCGGCAUGAGUGGCUGUCGUCUCGGUGACCUUUGGACACUUGAUAUCGAUUCUCUGACGUGGAACAAGCCCACCUUGAGUGGGGUGGCUCCCCUCCCUCGCAGCCUGCAUUCUGCAACAACUAUUGGGAACAAGAUGUAUGUCUUCGGUGGCUGGGUGCCCCUUGUCAUGGAUGAUGUGAAAGUGGCCACGCAUGAAAAAGAAUGGAAAUGCACAAAUACUCUGGCUUGCCUCAACCUAGACUCCAUGGCUUGGGAGCCUAUUCUUAUGGACACCCUGGAAGAUAAUAUUCCAAGGGCACGAGCCGGACACUGUGCUGUGGCCAUCAAUACUCGGUUGUACAUCUGGAGUGGCCGUGAUGGCUACCGCAAGGCCUGGAAUAACCAAGUUUGCUGCAAGGAUCUCUGGUACCUUGAGACAGAGAAACCUCCAUCGCCUUCGCGGGUGCAGCUGGUCCGUGCCAACACCAACUCCCUGGAAGUGAGCUGGGGUUCUGUUCCAACUGCUGACUCUUACUUGCUGCAGCUGCAAAAAUAUGACAUCCCAGCUGCGCCCUCGCCAGCUGCCAACCCUGUACCCUCAGUGCCUGUCAACCCUCCGAAGAGCCCUGCUCCGGCUGCAGCUGCGCCUGCCCCAGCUGUGCAGCCACUGGCACAAAUGGGCAUCACUCUUCUGCCCCAGACCACAGGUGUUGCUGCUGCUGCCGCCGCUGCAGCCGCCGCAGCAGCAGCAGCUUCUCCUGCCCCACCUACUACAACGACCAUCCAGGUGUUGCCUACUGUGCCUAGCAGCCCAAUGCCAGUGCCUGCUGCCGCCGCUGCCGCCACUGCUGCCACUCCUCGCCCACAAGUAGCUGUCCCUGCUGUGCUGAAGGUCACAGGCCCCCAGGCUACCACAGGGGCUCCACUGGUAACCGUACGUUCAGCAGGUCAGGCUGGAAAGGGCCCAGUGACAGUAACUUCACUGCCAGCUGGAGUGCGCAUGGUGGUACCCACGCAGAAUACUCAAGGGACGGUGAUUGGCAGCAGCCCCCAGAUGAGUGGCAUGGCUGCUCUGGCAGCUGCUGCCGCCGCCACACAAAAAAUCCCCCCGUCCUCAGCCCCUACGGUGCUGAGUAUGCCUGCUGGCACCGCCAUAGUUAAAACUGUUGCUGUUUCUCCGGGCACCACCACGCUACCCACCACAGUGAAGGUGGCAUCUUCUCCAGUCAUGGUGAGCAACCCAGCAACCCGAAUGCUGAAAACUGCCGCUGCUCAGGUUGGCACCUCUGUCUCUUCGUCCACCACCAACACGCCUACCCGGCCCAUCAUCACAGUGCGCAAGUCGAGUACUGUCACCGUAGCACAGCAGGCCCAGGUGAUGACCACUGUGGUGGGCGGGGUGACCAAGACCAUCACAUUGAUGAAAAGCCCCAUCUCAGUGCCAGGAGGCAGUGCAUUGAUUUCCAAUUUGGGGAAAAUGAUGUCUGUUGUUCAGACGAAACCUGUCCAGACAUCAGCUGUUACAGGCCAAGCAUCUAGUGGGCCCGUGACCCAGAUAAUCCAAACCAAAGGGACCCUGCCCGCUGGUACAAUCCUGAAGCUGGUGACCUCAGCAGAUGGCAAGCCUACCACAAUCAUCACCAGCUCCCAGGCAGGUGGUACAGGUACCAAACCUACUAUCCUGGGCAUCAGCAGUGUCUCUCCCAACACAACCAAGCCUGGCACCACAACCAUCAUCAAGACCAUCCCCGUGUCGGCUAUUAUUACUCAGUCAGGCGCCACAGGUGUCACCAGUAGCCCUGGGAUUAAGUCUCCCAUCACCAUCAUCACCACAAAAAUGAUGACCUCUGGCACUGGCACACCUGCCAAGAUCAUCACAGCUGUUCCUAAGCUGACCACAAGUCAUGGACAGCAAGGUGUGACACAGGUGGUGCUUAAGGGAGCACCUGGACAACCUGGCACUAUCCUACGAACUGUCCCUAUGGGUGGAGUGCGGCUCGUUACCCCUGUCACGGUGUCUGCUGUCAAGCCCACAGUCACCACUUUGGUGGUCAAAGGGACUACAGGUGUCACAACAUUGGGCACUGUAACAGGCACAGUUUCAACAAGCCUAGCUGGGACCGGAGGACAUAAUACCAAUGCUUCCUUGGCUACACCUAUUACCACCUUGGGCACCAUUGCCACACUUUCUAGCCAGGUCAUCAACCCAGCUGCCAUCACAGUCUCUGCUGCACAGACCACCUUGACAGCAGCAGGAGGGCUGAGCACCCCCACCAUCACCAUGCAGCCUGUCUCUCAGCCCACUCAGGUCACAUUGAUUACAACCCCUAGUGGCGUCGAGGCCCAGCCAGUGCAUGAUUUACCCGUCUCCAUUUUGGCCUCUCCCACCACUGAGCAGCCCACGGCCACCGUCACCAUUGCAGAAUCGGGGCAGGGUGACCCGCAGCCGGGCACCGUCACGUUGGUGUGCUCCAAUCCACCCUGUGAGACUCAUGACACUGGCACAACCAAUACGGCUACAACUACUGUUGUGGGCACUUUGGGGGGACAAGCCCAGUUGCAGUUUGUGUGUGAUGGGCAGGAGGGUGGAGGGCUCCAGCCCAAUGGCCGAGUGGUGCGGGUAUGCUCCAAUCCUCCUUGUGAAACCCACGAGACGGGCACCACCAACACAGCCACCACAGUGCUGAGUGCUGGGCAGAAGGUGUGCUCCAACCCACCCUGUGAAACUCACGAGACGGGCACCACUAAUACAGCUACCACCUCCAAAGCAGAGAAGGCACCUGCGGACCCACCGUGCCAAACGUUCCAGACAAGUGCCACCAGCACCACCAUGACAGUGAAGCCCAUUGUGGGCACCGGCCAACUAGUGUGUUCCAAUCCACCUUGUGAAACCCAUGAGACAGGCACCACAAAUACAGCCACCACCGCCACCUCCAACAUGGGCCGGGGGCAACCUGACGGUGGGCAGACAGAACCAGCUGACCCUCCGUGCCAAACAAAGCAAACGAAUACCACCAGCACCACCAUGUCGGCCAAAGCCGAUGUUCCCACAGAGCAGCCCUGUCCAGUCCGAAGGGUGAACUUUAUGUCAGCUACCAGUACGCCUAGUGUUGCCUCUGGCUCGCUCACUGUACAGGACAGUGAAAGACGACCAGCCCCGAAAAGUCUCCAGAGUGAAUCCCAUCACACCCACACCACCAACACUGCCACAACAGCUCGGUCUCUCAUGGGCCGAGGGCAGCCAGAUGGUGACUGGGUAGGAUCUGCCAAUCCUCCGUGCCAAACGCAGCAGACUAACUCAACCAGCACCACCAUGUCUGCCAAAGCUGAUGUGCCUACAAAGCAGCCAUGCACAGUGCAGAUGGUAUCUCUGGAUUCAGCCACAAGGCCAGCCGAGACAGACACGCCUUGCAAGACCUCUCAGACAGAUGCCAAGGAUAAAGGCCUCCAGGUGUGCUCCAAUCCACCUUGCGAGAAUCGUGAAACAGGCACCACCAAUGCCCCUACAGUUGCAGCCUCGAACAUGGGUACCACCGAGCAGGUUUGCUCCAAUCCUCCUUGUGAGACCCACGAAACGGGCACCACAAAUACCCCUACAGUUGCAGCCUCGAACAUGGGUACCACCCAGCAGGUUUGCUCCAAUCCACCUUGCGAGACCCACGAAACGGGCACCACCAACACAGCUACCACAGCCACUUCUAGCAUGGGCUCAGGACAGCAAGUGUGCUCCAACCCACCAUGUGAGACCCACGAGACAGGCACCACCAACACAGCUACCACAACCACGUCAAACAUGGGUGCUGCGCAGGGUGAAGGUGCUGGGCAGAAUGAGAGUGCCCAGCAGAUUCCCACAACUCCCCCCUGCGAAACGCAACAGACAAGUUCCACCAGCACAACCAUGACACCUAGCAUUGGAGGUAAUGGCACCCAGGUUUCCAGCUCAGCCCUGGCACAGAGUGGGGGUUCUGAAUCGGGAACAGCCCCCGAGGGAGAUGCUGUGGGCACUAGUGGAUCCCCACCUCAGAGCCCAACGCCCAGAGUGUGCUCAAACCCUCCUUGUGAGACCCAUGAGACAGGAACAACGCACACAGCCACCACGGUCACCUCUUCCAUGGGAUCCAACCAAGACCAGCCACCAGCUACCAAUGGCCAACAAGGGGAGCCAGAGACAACAGUGAGUGAGAGCACAACUGCCAGCAGCCCCAGUGCUGUUACAACCACAGUUCCUUCCACGCAGGCCAGAGCUGUCACUACUGUUACACAGUCUACACCUCCGCCAGGGCCCUCUGUACCGAAUAUCUCUUCCUUGGCUGAUGCUCCUGCAGAGGAACCCACUCCUUCUGCCGAGACUCCAGCUGGCACCAGCACAGAUGCUCUCCCAGGACCCGCUGAGCCGCUGCGUCCUUCUGUGGAGAUGCAGGCAGCAGCACCUGAACUUCAAGAGCAAGCUCCAGCUGCACCAGCUGCCACUCCGCCAGCAGAGGCCCCGCCUGCUGAAGCCGUCUCUCAGCCAGAGCUCACGGCUCCUGUAGAGGAAACGCCACCUCCCCCGGCACCUCCCGCCCAGGAGUCCGUGGCUAUGGUGGUGUUGCCCCAGACCACCUCUGCUGCUCCUCCUCCACCCUCCGAAGUGGAGCAGCUGGCAUUGCCCCAAGAGCUGAUGGCGGAGAGCCAGGCGGGCACCACCACCCUCAUGGUGACUGGGUUGACGCCGGAAGAGUUAGCUGUCACCGCUGCUGCCGAAGCUGCUGCCCAGGCUGCUGCCACUGAAGAGGCCCAAGCCCUGGCCAUACAGGCCGUCUUGCAGGCUGCCCAGCAGGCAGUAAUGGGUCCUGGAGAGGCCAUGGAUACAUCUGAGACAGCGGCAGCACAGGCAGACUUGGGGCAUUUGGCCUCGGAGGGCCCGGAAGGCCAGGCCACUGCCAUCCCCAUUGUGCUCACGCAGCAAGAACUGGCGGCUCUUGUACAGCAGCAGCACCAGCUUCAGGAGGCUCAGGCGGCGGCAGCUGCAGCAGCGGCGGCAGCGGCAGCUCAGCAGCAUCAGCCUCCACACCCACUGCCUUCCCAUUUGCCCACAGAAGCCUUGGCCCCGGCUGACAGUCUCAACGAUCCUGCCAGUGAGAGCAAUGGCCUCAACGAGCUGGCUAGUGCAGUCACUAGCACAGUUGGGCUGCUACCCCCUACACCUACGGAGAGUCUCGCUCCAUCCAAUACUUUUGUGGCUCCGCAGCCCGUAGUGGUGUCGAGCCCAGCAAAACUUCAAGCGGCAGCUGCUCUGACAGAGGUUGCUAAUGGGAUUGAACCAGCCCCAGUGAAACCAGAGCCUCCUGCCCAACCUCCAAAGAUGGUUGUGAAGAAAGAAAAUCAGUGGUUUGAUGUGGGUGUUGUCAAGACAACCAACAUGAUGGUGACACAUUACUUCCUGCCUCCUGAUGAUGCACCUGUCACAGAUGAUGACUCAGGCACCAUACCUGAUUACUCUCAACUCAAGAAGCAGGAGCUACAGCCUGGGACAGCAUACAAGUUCCGAGUAGCAGGAAUCAAUGCCUGCGGCCGGGGCCCUUUCAGUGAAAUCUCAGCUUUCAAGACCUGUCUGCCUGGUUUUCCUGGAGCACCCUGUGCCAUUAAAAUCAGUAAGAGUCCUGAUGGAGCGCACCUGACUUGGGAGCCCCCUUCUGUCACCUCUGGGAAGAUCACCGAGUACUCUGUGUACCUGGCCAUCCAGAGUGCCCAGGCAGGUGAACCGAAGAGCGCAGCUCCUGCUCAACUGGCCUUCAUGCGGGUUUACUGCGGGCCCAGCCCCUCGUGCCUGGUGCAGUCUGCUAGUCUCUCCAACGCCCACAUAGACUACACCACCAAGCCUGCCAUCAUUUUCCGCAUUGCUGCCCGCAAUGAGAAGGGCUACGGUCCUGCCACGCAGGUUCGGUGGCUGCAAGAAUCCAAUAAAGAUGGCUCCAUGAUAAAACCAGCCAACAAACGGCCGCUUUCCUCUCCUGACCUGAAAACUGCUCCAAAGAAGCCCAAAGCAGAUGGGCAGUGAAGGGUGUCCUCCCCAGCUGUCCUCUCUUCCUGCCUGCUCCACAGCCUCCGCCUGAACCCCCAGCCACUCAGCCGCCCCUGUGUGUGGAGGACGAUAGAAGCGCCGAAAGCACAUGUCAUACACUGUGGGGCUGGACUGUCGGGGUGGGGCGGGAGAAGAGACAUGGAGGCUCACGUGAGGGAGCCUGAGCAGGGCCCAUCACUGUGCCAGGCCCUGGCCGGGGGACGAAGGAUUGGUGUUCUGCCCCCGCCCCCCCAACCACCACCCCGUUGACAUGGACACUGAUGUUAGGGGUGGGUUUGGAGGGAGAAAUUGUUAAUGGGGGGAGGGGGGCUGUUGGGUUUUUUUACAAGUUGCAGUUACAGGAAUGAAGUUCUUUUGUAUUCCCCAGCAUCCUGUGUGUCGGAGGUGGGAGGAUUCCUCCCCUGCCUCCAGUUCUUCUUGCCUCUGUACAGACCCUCUCCCUCAGUUUAGUUUUUAGUGUCUGCAUUGGUAAUGGAGAGGAGUCUCUGCUGUUCGGGGAUUGGUGGGAUGUGAUGUGGUUGGACCACAGAUGCAGCUACUUGGGAUGGGGAGGGGUGGGGGUUAAGCUCAUUCUACAUCAGCUGUUCUAAUGCUCAGCCUGGGGUGCUUGUGGCUUCAACCCAGCCCCUUCUUGCCCUGUAUGUGUGGCCGGCCCUUCCCCCUGCUACAGCAGCACAAGCUGAUUCCCCCUCCCCAGUCUGCUCUUUCCCCUCCAGGCCACAAAGUGGCAUGCUCUCUAGGCAGAAGGCUUGCCACAUGCCUCUUCAUUUCUUUUAUAUGAAACUUUUAUAGGAAAAUAAAAAUAAAAAAUAGGUUGGGGUUGGGAGGGGCAGCCUGCUUUCCUGGGGCAGGGAUACGGGCAGGAGCAAGGCUGCAGAGCAAUGUGUUUGGCUGUCGACACACCGCUGUCACCUUCUGGGCAAGCAUCUACGCUUCUCCCCCUCCAAGGCGAUUGACCCAUCCCACCCUUGCUGCCUCUCUGGACAUUCCGUAGAGGGAAGGGGGUGAAGAGCAGCCAAGGCUGAUCUCUCAAAGACAGGAGCAGAGCAGAGCAGAGCAAGCAACCCCUAUUUGCACACAUGGAUUGCUGUGUCCUACCUCUCCGUUCUUCAGGGGGCUGGCAAGUCAAGAAUCCUCUCCAAAACAAAGAGAGAAAAAAAACACCCCAGGAGCAGACUUCUCUCCCCAACUUGCUUGGUGCCCUGGUCUUUUGUAUUAUAGUGUAUUUCGCUGUGUCCUCCCUUUCCUGUUUGGACCUUAAGAUUCCUUCCUUAUAUCUUGCCCAAUUUAUUUUCCAUUGAGACAGGAACAGCCCUCAUAGGAGUUUCCCAUGGCUAUAUUCCUCCUCCCCACCCUCCACCCUCUAGUGCUGCGUAUCUGUCGUUUUUGUGCUAUUUUGAACAAUUAAAGACUUCUUUUUUCUUU